AUGAAAUGUCUGCCGGCGUCUAAGCUCCCACAGGCUAACGGCGUUGCCCUCCAUGACUGGCACGCCGAGAUUCUCGCCAUCCGGGCUUUCAACCGGUUUAUCCUCGAUGAGUGCCGCCGCCUGGUCGAGGACAGUUCUGCAGAAUCCGAGUUCCUCCGAAGGAGAACGCAGGAUGAGCUGCCCAUCACCUCGGACGAGUGUUGGCACCGCCAACCCUUCGCCUGGCGCGAAGAUCUGACCCUCCACAUGUACUGCUCCGAAGCUCCCUGCGGCGACGCCUCCAUGGAACUGAUCAUGUCCUCCCAAGAAGACGCCACGCCCUGGGACACCCCCGCCCCCCUAGCCCCUUCCCCACCUCCUCCCCCCCAACAAGAACAACUAGAACAACCACCACCUUCAUCAACACCCACCCUCCUCGGCCGCGGUUAUUUCUCCCACCUCGGCAUCGUCCGCCGCAAACCUUCCCGCGGCGACGCUCCCCCAAGCCACUCCAAGUCCUGCAGCGACAAACUCGCUCUAAAGCAAUGUACAUCCCUACUAAACUCCCUCACAUCCCUCUUCGUCUCGCCCCGCGGCGCCUACCUGGCCAGUAUCAUCCUGCCGGAGUCACAGUUCUCGGCGGCGGGGUGCGCGCGCUGCUUUUCGGCACAGGCAGGGCCGGGGGAGGGGGAGGGGGGUGGGAGGAUGGCGCCGGUGGGCGGGCGGGUGUGGGACGGGACGGGGUAUGCGUUUCGGGAGGUUGUGGUGCAGACUACGGGGAGGGAGUUUGAGUUCUCGCGGAGGGGGGUUGGUAUGAUAGAGGGAGGGGGGGAGGUGAAGGUGGUGGCGAGCAACCUUGCUGUUGCGUGGACGGCGGGCGGGGAGGUGGAGGAGGGGUUGAUUGGCGGGGUGUUGCAGGGGAGGAAAGGGGUUGAUGUGAAGGGGGCUAGUUUGACCUCGCGGCGGAGGAUGUGGGCGGCGGCUGUGGUGGUCGCGGGGAUGUUGGGGGAUGAGGGGAUAAUUGAGGAGUUGGGGGCGGUGUCAUACGAUGAGGUUAAGGAGGGGAGUUUGUUGGCGGGCAGGAGAAGGGUGAAGGAGGAGGCAAGGAAUGAAGCACUGAAGGGGUGGCUCAGGAAUACUGGCGAUGGCGGGUUUAGUUUGUGA